UUCUACUUCCGGUUCACUCGACGCGUACCCAUUCUGGACUUGCAGUUCUUUCGUGUACUCUUUUUCUAAAUAAACGAGCUCUUUUAAAGCAUUCUCAUCGGAUGCGACAACAUACUACUGACUGAAGGCCAACGCAAUCUCGAACAUCAAGUUAAAGAGAGAGACGUGGAAGAUGAGGAGAGGAAAUCCAGGCCACGACGAGGUGCUGAAAAACGAAAAAAUGAGGAGUCCCGCAGACGUCACUCUAGGAGAUCUUCACUCUGAAAAACACGAUCACCUCCACGUUAAAAAGGAGGAGGAGUCGAAGCCAGAAUCCCCUUACAUUAAAGAAGAACAGGAAGAUGAAAUAACCAAGUUUCCGAUGACUGUCAGUGUGAAGAGUGAAGAAGAUGAAGAUUCAAGCGAAGAAAGCGGAGCAGCCAAACCUUUGAGCGACAGCUCAUUGCAACACCUGACAACAAAAGAAGAAAGACGAUCGCAACCGGACAGCCUCUUAGCUCCGCUCUCUAAUAGCGACAAUGUAACGUCCCACUCUUCUGACUACAACACUGAUGAGGAGGAUGUUGACUUUGACCCAAAGUGUGGGAAAUCAUUAAACAGGUCAUCAUUGAGAAAAGACAUGAAAGAAUGUGCGGGUGGGACACAGUUUGCCUGCUCACAUUGCGAUAAAAGAUUUUCUUGGAAGCAUCACUUAAAAAGACAUAUGCGUACACACACUGGUGAAAAGCCUUUUGCCUGCACAUUUUGUGGUAAACGAUUCACCGAUAAAGAAAAUUUAAACAGACACACAAGCAAACACACUGGAGAGAAGCCUUUCGCCUGCACACUUUGUGAUAAAAGAUAUCCUAGGAAGUCUCAUUUAGAAAUACAUCAGCGUACACACACUGGAGAAAAGCCUUAUGUCUGCACAUGUUGUGGUAAAAGUUUCACCGAGAAGGGAAAUUUAAGCAAACACGCAAGAACACACACUGGAGAGAAGCCUUUUGGCUGCUCACUUUGUGGUAAAAGAUUCGCUCAUAAGCAAAAUUUAGUUUCGCAUGCAAGAAGCCACACAGGGAUAAAACAUUUGACCGACAAUGCAGAGAAACGUUUCCUCUGCUCACUUUGUGGUAAAAGAUUCGCUCUGAAAGGAAAUUUGGUAUUGCAUACAAGAAGCCACACUGGGGAAAAACCUUUUGUUUGCACAUUUUGUGGUAAAAAAUUCACCCAGAAGGUGAGUUUAGACAAACACACACGCACACACACUGGAGAGAAGCCUUUUGUCUGCACAUGUUGUGGUAAAACAUUCACUCAGAAGGACAGUUUAAACAAACAUAUAAACAGACACACUAAAGAUAAGCCUUUUCACUGCUCAGUUUGUCAUAAAAGAUUCUGUCAUAAGUCCGAUUUAGAACGGCAUAAGCGUACACACACUGGAGAAAAGCCUUUUGUUUGCACUUGUUGUGGUAAAAGAUUCACCGAGAAGGGAUAUUUAAGCAAACACGUAAGAACACACACUGGAGAGAAACCUUUUGCCUGCUCACUUUGUGGUAAAAGAUUCACUCAAAAGCGAAAUUUUGUAUCGCAUGCAAGAAGCCACACUACGGAAAUACCUUAGAAUUGCAGUGUGUGACAAUAUUAGAGAUGGACCCAUUAA